AUGGACGGGCCGGGCCGGGCCGCGGAGCCCAGCGGAAGGGCGGACGAUGCGGCGGGCGGGCCCCGCUGGCCCCCGGCCCCCGAGGAGGGCACACACCACCCGGCAGAGCCGCAGUGCGGGACACCCCCGGCCGGCCCGCAGCCCACCCCCACGGGCCUGCCCACCCUCCUGGCCUACAGACCCGAGUCCUCAGAGGCAAACGUACACCACGAGGCAGAGGAGGAUGCUGAGCCAACCUGCGAGUACUGUGGCAACCUGCUGAGGCCGUUCCCCUUCUCCCAGGAUGUGCCUCUCUCUGAGGACCAGGAGGACAAAUUCUGCUGCAAGCGCAGCCGGGAGCUCUAUGAGUUCAUCAUGAAGGAGAAGAAGAGGCUUGAGGAUGCCAGCAGCCUUCCCAGAGCUGUCAGCACCCAGGAAUCCCUCAGCUCUGAAGCCAACCUGCUGCUGUCAAAGGAGCAAGACAGCCAGAGGCAGCAGAAGAGACACCUGGCUAGAGAGUUGGCUGACCAGUCUUUAAGGCUGAGUGCCACUAAAGGGUUACAGCAAGCUGGAUCCGCUUCCUACAAGCCUUCCCAGGAGCUCGCAUCUCCCGAAGGUGGGACACCAGCGCCUGUUGCAAGUGCAGCCAAGCCCGAGCCCCGGCCUAAGGAGAAGCCCAAGCCCGAACCCGAGCCCCGGCCCAAGGAGAAGCCUGAACCAGAAUCCCAGCCCAAGGAGAAGCCUGAACCAGAAUCCCGGCUCAAGGAGAAGCCUGAGCUGGAACCCCGGCCUGAGGAGGAGCCUGAGGAAGAGCCCCGGCCCGAGGAGGAGUCCGAGCUGGAGCUUUGGCCCGAGGAGGAGCCCGAGCUGGAGAACGAGCCCGAGUCCCAGCCUGAAGAGGAGCCUGAGUCCAAGAAAGAGCCCAAGCGCGACAAGAAGCCCAUGUCCCGCAGUGUCCUCUGCUACGAAUUCAGUCUUCUGGGGAAGAAGGUGGGGAAGGGUAAAUUGGUGCAGAAGUACUACAAAAAUGGAAAGAAAUUCCUUACCAUGCUCCCAGACGGAACAUCACAGUUAUUCUAUCCAUCUGGAAACCUGGCCAUCAUCAUUGCACAAGCCAGAGACCAGCUGAUGUGCAUAGUACAGGAAGACGAGCCAAGGACAGCCAAAAUCCGAGCACUGUUUCAGUCUGAUGGCAGGAGCACAUGCUAUUACCCUUCCGGAGAUGAGUGGAUAAAUAUGAGUAUGCAGGGUGGGCAGUAUUUGGACCAAGCAGGCAACAGGGUAAGAAGGUGGAUGUGGCCGAACUUGUUACCAGAACCCCAGGUCCCACUGAGCCCCAUUUUCAUCUCCCUGAACCACUACGUGGGGGUCAGGAUCCUGGCCCAGGACAAGAUCUUCGUCUCCUUCCUCGCCAUGGGGCGACAAGCAAAACUCAACAUGGGAACCAAAGUGCAGGUCAGCACCGACAGCCAGCUGCCUCCUCCAGCCCGGCUGGGUGAGGACGAGCUGCUGCUGCUCGCCUUCCGCGUGAAGAUCCUGCAGCUCUUCGACAGGAUGCGGGGAUGCCUCAACUUCCCCUCCAGUGAGCAGUGGAACAAAAUGCAGCCUCCCAUGUACCUCAUCAGCCAGGCUGUGAAGAUCCUGGAGCUCUGCAUGACUGCUGACAUAAGCGAUGAGCUGGCCAACUCCAUCAAGGCGAUAGUAAAUGCCCAGCAGCUCUGA